GGAAUCAUCAGAGUGGCCGUUAGUGGGUAUUCUCCAUGGUGUGGUCGAUCAUAUGGGAAAUUAUGACGAAUGUUUGUCUAUUUCAUCUUAUGGUAUUGAUGGACAGUACUGUUUGGUUGAAGCCAUGUAUAACUAUUCAGAUGCAUUACACAGUGAAGUCGUCGAGAUGCCUGAUGAGAAAAUUUCGUCAUGGGAAGUUGUAACCUUGUACGGAAAAAAUCCAAUCAGAAUAAACAGAAAAAAGUUAAGAUUCGCUGUCUGCAUACCAUCGUCUUGUACUCCAACUGACUUGAAGAUCUCUCUCGAUAACACAUUGCAUCCAAUAUUCAACGCUCACGAGCUCAAUAUAACAAUUAACGUGGAUCCUGUGCUUUGUAAAAUACGCGACAAACCUGCUCGCCCCUUGGGAUACUACAUCGUUCGGAAUUUGUUUGGGGCGAUUUUCUUCCUUGUAAUUUGCAGCACUUUGUAUGAUGUUGUAACUUUCACUGGAGUUGAAAUGAAAACAGAAGGCGGACCAAAAAAACAUUUAAUAAAAGACAUAUCUAAAUCUCUUUCCAUAAAAGAAAAUUUCAGAAAACUUACAAAACAUAAUUUUCCGUGUGAACAAACAGGAAUACAUUUUGUAAAAGUCUUGAGUAUGAUUCAGAUAAUUAUUGGCCAUCACAUAACAUUAGCGAUCUUUCCAUUUCCUUUAUCAGAUGCGUUUCUUGCAGAGCAACAAUUUAGCAAACUAACGCCACUAUUAUCUCGAUUGGAAAUCCUGAACGUAUUUUUCCUGAUAAGUGGGUUUUUAACUUUUCAUCUGGACUUUUCUCAGAUGUUGAAAGGAGGAAUAAUUUUUCUACUCACCAGAAUCUCAAACAGGUGGAUGAGAAUGAUUCCAACAUUUACUUUCAUAGUGUUAUAUGCGAUUUAUGUAUUUCCAUAUAUUGGAGAUGGUCCGCUAUGGAAUUACAGAACAAUGACCGAAGCUAACAAUUGCAAGGAAAGCUGGUUGCCUAUUGUAUUUCUCAUUAGUAAUUUCGUCAAUCCUGAAAAAUCAGUAAGUAGAUAAAUAGGUACUUACCUAUUGGAAUUAUGAAUUAUCAAUUCACUAUUUAUUUUAGAAAAACGUAACCUACACAGGGCUGUAAGGUAAUUUAUGUUGGUGAAUUACGGCGGUAUA